CUCCUUCCCUGAACCUGCCCAACUUCACCUGCUCUACAAGGGAAGCCACCAUGGGUUUUACAUGCAUACGCUGAGAUCUAAAUUUGACAAAGAAGGAAGAUUCGUUGUAAUAGUGUAUUUCAAAUCUGGGGAUGUAAAGGGGGGUUACCUGCAUAUAUCGUCUGAGGGUGAGGACCAAGACGCGUUUGCCUUCGAAAUAAACCAUCAACAAGGAACACACUUCCCUGUUCUGGAUGACUCUAAGGCGACACAUUUUUCAACCUCUUGGUCUAAUGGUUGCUUGAAGUUUGGGAAAUGUCUGAAGUUGUACACCGAGAAUAGAGAAAUGUGCGUGAAAUCGUUUGAUAUGAUAUAUCACCAGAGUGUGACGGGGCCGCAGUACCUGGAUGUUGAGCUGUAUCGAGUUGGAAGUAAAUAUAACUACUCGCCGCCCAAAACGUUUUUCAUUUCUGUCUUUAUUGUACUGUUAAUUGUUCUGAUUAUGCUCUUAUUCAUUUUAUAUUCAAGGUGCUUGGAGGGAGCUGUCAUGGACUGAGGAGUAGGUCACAUUGUGAAUUAAUUUACGGAAUCCAUCAGGAGUAUCACACAUUAACUUUCAGGACUCUUCUGCUAUGACUGUACUUGGUGGUCUAGAAACACUAUUUGAAGGUUGUCUGAUGCAGACCUGGGUUCAAAUACUAUUUAAGGUUUUUCAAUUACUUUCACAUAGGCUACAUUUCAAAGGAAAUUUUAGGACAUAUUUUCUUCGGAAAUACAAGCUUGGAAAUGUAUUUGUAAAUACACUUGGAAAGUAUUGUCAUGUAUUUGAAAAUUCUCAAAUGUUGACAAGUGUAAUUUCAAAGACACAUUUGUAUUUGAACCCAGGUCUGUUUGGUGGUAGGGGUAUUUGAAAAGUAUUUGGAAACAAGUAGCCUAUUUGAAAAUAAUUUCAUAUAGUAAUUAUAGGAAAUUAUUUGAAAAUACUUUCAAAUACUACAAAUACAAUUAGUUGAUUGGGCCAAAUUAUUUGCAAAUACAUAGAAAUAAGUCAUUAAAAUACAAAUACUAAAAUAGGCAUGUCUUUGAACUAGGACUGUCAAACAUUUUUUUUUUAAAUCGAGAUAAUCACAUGAUUUGCUGUGAUUUAAUCGUGCUUAAUGGUAAAUACCGUACACUACCGAUCAAAAGUUUUAGAACACCUACUCAUUCAAGGGUUUCUUUAUUUUUUACUAUUUUCUACAUUGUAGAAUAAUAGUGAAGACAACAAAACUAUGAAAUAACACAUAUGGAAUCAUGUAGUAACCAGAAAAGUGUUAAACAAAUCAAAAUUUAUUUUAUAUUUUAUAUUCUUCAAAUAGCCACCCUUUGCCUUGAUGACAGCUUUGCACACUCUUGGCGUUCUCUCAAUCAGCUUCAUGAGGUAGUCACCUGGAAUGUGUUUCAAUUAACAGGUGUGCCUUCGUAAAAGUUAAUUUGUGGAAUUUCUUUCCUUAAUGCGUUUGAGCCAAUCAGUUGUGUUGUGACAAGGUAGGGGGGGGGGGGGGGGGUAUACAGAAGAUAUCCCUAUUUGGUAAAAGACCAAGUCCAUAUUAUGGUAAGAACAGCUCAAAUAAGCAAGAACUUAAGAGUUCAAGUAACGGAGACAUCUCAACAUCAACUGUUCAGAGGAGACUGUGUGAAUCAGGCCUUCAUGGUCGAAUUGCUGCAAAGAAACCACUACUAAAGGACACUGAUAAAAAGAAGAGUCUUGCUUGGGCCAAUAAACAUGAGCAAUGGACAUUAGACCGGUGGAAAUUUGUCCUUUGGUCUGGAAUCCAAAUUUGAAAAUGUUGGUUACAACCGCUGUGUCUUUGUGAGACGUGGUGUGGGUGAACGGAUGAUCUCCGCAUGUGUAUUUCCCACUGUAAAGCAUGGAGGAGGAGGUGUUAUGGUGUGGGGGUGCUUUGCUGGUGACACUGUGAUUUAUUUAGAAUUCAAGGCACACUUAACCAGAAUGGCUACUAGAGCAUUCUGCAGCGAUACACCAUCCCAUCUGGUUUGGGCUUAGUGGGACUAUCAUUUGUUUUUCAACAGGACAAUGACCCAACACACCUCCAGGCUGUGUAAGGGCUAUUUUACCAAGAAGGAGAGUGAUGUAGUGCUGCAUCAGAUGACCUGGCCUCCAUAAUCCCCCGACCUCAACCAAAUUGAGAUGGUUUGGAUGAGUCGGGCCGCAGAGUUAGUAGGUGUUCUAAAACAUUUGUAGUGUAUUUGCUCAUAUUGAACUAUUAUUUACGAUUUUUCAUGCAAAAAAACAUUACAAGUAUAUUGACGUCUUGAUAGGUCAAUUGAGAAAGCACACUUUUUCCUUAACCUCAAUGUCAACUUGUUUUUACAUGGCAUUGUUGAUUUGAGCUGUAUAGAUUAUCUAUUUAGGAUGUUUAGAGUAUUUCCAUUGCUUGCAGACAAUGCGAUUAAUCACAAUAAAAAAAAGAAGUGCACCAAAUUACAAAAUGUUAACUUGAGUUAUCUGAUUAACUCUGACAGCACUUAAUUGAACCCAGGUCUGGUCUGAUGUAAUAUUAUGUAUAUUUCUGUGCUUUUCCAUUUCACCAGAGGGAGGGGGUCACUGAGGAAGAAUCUGGUCUCCUUCAAACCGGCCUGCCAGUCUCUGAACCGGGUCAGGGUUCUGCUGAUGGGUCCUCCUGGGUCAGGAAAAUCCAGCUUCAUUAACUCUGUCAGAUCUGUGAUGUUCGGCAGAGUCCUUCUCCUGCCUUUUAUUGGCACUGCAACAAAGGGCUUCAUCAAGAAGGUAUAGAGUAAAGAAUCUGUAAGAAGGAGUAUUUAGCAUGAUACAUACAGUGCCUAGUGAAGGUCUACACACCCCUUGCACAGUCUUCACAUUUUACUGCCUUAAAAUGUAAUCUAAAAAGGGAUCAAAUUAUUUUUUUCCUGUCGAUCUACACAACCUAGUCCACAUUUUUAUACUGAACAAAAAUAUAAACGCAACAUGGAAAGUGUUGAACCCACGUUUCAUUAGAAACUUUUGUUAAAAUUAUUUUUAAAGGAACUCAGUCCGGCUUUAAACUUAGUCUUGAAAGUUGUAAUAGUAGAAUGCAUAAAGUGCAAUUUCGAAAUUGGGUAGUGCAUCAUCAGUUCCUCUGGCCAUGUUAGUCAUCGCAUACCUUAGAGGGCUAUUUAUAACUUGUCAGAAAUAUCCAGAUCAACUAGCCCAUGUCAGCUAAUGUUUUUUUAUUUAGGUUUUUUAGACCAUAGAUAUUGUUGUAAUUUUUUAGUCACUCAAAUAUCACAUAAAUACACAUUAGACAUGGCAAAAUAUAUAGAACUGCAAGAAAAUUAGCUUUAAAACUGCUAAAUCUUCUUUGCACCCCAUGACAAAAUGUGUAGAAUUGCAGGAAAUAAGCUUAAAUCCUGCAGAAUUCUCUCCACCAACAAGAGGGGUGUGAACAUGUUGUGUCAUGAACAGUGCUUGUGCCCAUAGAAAUAGACGUGGCGCGUGUGCGGGAUGUUCCUCAAUGCUGGAAAGGGGGCCCAGAGUGAAAAAGUUUGGUAACCCCUGCAUUAGAUGAAAUAAAAGAUCCCAGAAAUGUUCCAGAUGCACAAAAAGCAUAUUUCUCUCAAAUGUUGUGCACAAGUUUGUUUACAUCCCUGUUAGUGAGCAUUUCUCCAUUGCCAAGAUAAUCCAUCCACCUGAAAGAUGUGGCAUAUCAAGAAGCUGAUUAAACGGCAUGAUCAUUACACAGGUGCAACUUGUGCUUGGGACAAUAAAAGGCCACUCUAAAAUGUGCAGUUUUGUCACACAACACAAUGCCACAGAUGUCUCAAAUUUUGAGAGAGUGUGCAAUUGGAAUGCUGACUGCAUGAAUGUCCACCAGAGCUGUUGGCAGAUAAUUGAAUAUUAAUUUAUCUACCAUAAGCCGCCUCAAUCAUCGUUUUAGAGAAUUUGGUAGUAUGUCCAACCGGCCUCACAACCGCAGACCACGUGUAACCACGCCAGCCCAGGACCUCCACAUCCGGCUUGUUCACCUGCGGGAUCGUCUGAGACCAGCCACCCGGACAGCUGAUGAAGCUGAGGAGUAUUUAUGUCUGUAAUAAAGCCCUUUUGUGGGGAAAAAAACUUUGCCCUCCCAGGCCCACCCAUGGCUGCGCCACUGCUCAUUCAUGUGAAAUCCAUAGAUUAGGGCCUAAUUUCAUUUAUUUCAAUUGACUGAUUUCCUUAUAUCAGUGCUUCUCAAUAAUUUUCUGUUACGCUCCCCCUAGGAAGAAGUAAACAUUUCGCGCCCCCCAACUCUCCGCCGCGACUGUAAAUAGUAUCAUUUGUCUAUAAAAUUGUUAUAAGUACACCUCUGCAUAACAUUGUAUCCUUAUUAACAUUAAAGAAAACCAAAAAAGAAAAAAGAAAGAAAUAUAGAUCAACUUACAACAAAGAAUAACUUUAUUAGCAUUGUUUUUAGUCUGUAACAGAAAAUACUUAAAGUGCAUCAAUUUGCCUGAAAUGUCUUAUUUAAACUGUAAAUUUUUUUUGACCAUUUGAUACUGAUAAAUAAAAUUAAAUAUAAUCAAUAAAUAAUAAUAAAUUCAAAUUGAUCAGCAACAUUAACUCAGGAGCACAAUAUAUGAAACACUUUGACCUAUAAAACAAAAAUGAAAAAAACUAUUUGUGCUGAUUUAAAAACAAAUCUAAAUGAGGAAGUCAGGAUUAAUGGCUACAAUGAGCACGUUUUGGCGGAGUUUGAAGCAUGAUACUGCAACUCUCAGCUCUUGCUCAAUGUUUAGCUGGGACCUGUACUUGGUCUUCAGUGCAGCAACAGCAGAGAAGCCAGCCUCACAAAGAUAAGAUGUUGCAAAAGGAAGAAGAAUGCCCAUGGCCCUCUGCCCUAAGAGUGGAUACUGCCUCUCUACACUCAGACAGAAUUCACUCAGUGUCUGUGAUGUGAACCUCAGACUCAAUGUGGAGUCAGACGUCAUAUCAAUUAACUGGUCCUCCUCUGCAGAGCUGAAACCAGUUGGAGCUGGUGCAUUGAAAGGAUCUCUCACCCAGUCAUAUUGGGAACUGUUUUCAGGGGGAGUAUUUUUUUAAAUCCCCCCCAAUUUCAAUUUCUGAAAAUGAAUUUUUUAAUGAGGUUUUUUAUUUUCCCGAAAUGUAAAAAUUUAUUUCCAAAAAGAAUCAGUACCGUUUCAAAGUUUCUCCCAAAAUUUUUUCCCAAGAAAAUUUUGUCCCCGCCCAAAAUUUUAUCUUUCCUUGACUAAAGGGAAAUUUGUUAAACCUUUUUCCCCAAAAGCCCCCUAGUUGGCCCCCUUUUCCCCCGGAAGCUCUUUUUAAAUUUCUGGCAAAAAGUCCCCACUUCUCCUCUUAAAAAAAAUCUUACCGGCUUUUCUCUGAUAAAAAAUGGCACAAUACCCCUUUCCCCCUCCUUUUACCCCGCCAGGGGUUUCCCCCCCUGAAAAAACCAAGCUUAUUUGCCCCCUUCCCUCAGGGGAAACCCCGAGAAGCUCUUUUGGUGGUCUGGCUUUUAAAAAAAAUGACCCCACACCUUUUUUUUCAAAAUCAUAACCCUAAAAAAAUCGGGGGGAGUUUUCCUUGAAGGAAAAAUUUUCUUUGGUUUACCCAGGUUCAAAAAGUAAAACAAAUUAUUUUAAGGGGAAUUCUUGGGGAGGGAAUUUUUUUAUUUUUGCAGGCUUUCACAUCCGCAAAAACAAGCAUCUCACUUAGCCCUUCUAGGGGUUUUUUUUAGAAAAGGAGCCCCCUUUAUAUCCAGUGUCUUGGGUUUUGAAUAAUUUUCAAAAAAAAUGGGGAAGGGGGGAAAAUUUUUCCGGAAAAAACCCGCCAUAGCGGAUUUUUAAAACAAACGCCCUUUUUUUUGGGUUCAUGUUCCCGAACUUUUUAAAAAAGGAAAAAACCCUUUUUUUUUCUCCCCCCCUGUCAAAAGUAGGGAAUGUCUUUAUUUCUGGCUUCGGGGAAUUUGUUUUUUAUUUUCCACCUUUUUUCAUCCCCGAAAACCAUUUUUUUAAUUUUUUCUGCCUUUUUACUCCUUCUUGGGUGUUUUUUUUUGCAAAAAAUAUCCCCUAAAAAAAAAAAACAGUUCCCCGGGUUACCCGAAUGGCAUUUACAAAGGGGGGUGGCAUUUUGGCCUCCUUUAAAAAAAUUAACCCUAAAAAAUGGGGUUUAAUUUUUAAUGGCCAAAUUUAUUUUUGUUCAUAUUUUCCAAAAACAAAAAAAUACGGGGUUUUUUCUUUGUUCCACCCCCAGUAAAAGGUGGGAAACAGGGGGCCCUUUUCAUCGCUUCUCAUAAUUGCUCUUUUUGGGGGUUUUUCGGGGAUAUUUUUCCAAAAAAUUUUCUCCCCGUUCUCCCCCUUUCUUUCCAACCCCGGGAAAAAUUUUAUUUCGGAAAAAUUGGUUUUCUGUUGCAAAAAAUUUUCUCCCCUUUGGGUUUUUCUUUUUGGGUUUUUAUUACCCUGGAAAAAAAGGAUUUUUUUGGGGGUUGGCAUCCCCUGGCAAAAGGGAAAAAAAUUUUUUAAAAAAGGCUAUAGGUUUUUUCACCCCCCAAAACCCCCCCAAAUAAAGAUCUGGUGAAACCAAUUACCUUCAGAAGUCACAUAAUUAGUUAAAUUGCACACAGGUGGACUUUAUUUAAGUGUCACAUGAUCUGUCACAUGAUCUCAGUAUAUAUACACCUGUUCUGAAAGGCCCCAUAGUCUGCAACACCACUAAGCAAGGGGCACCACCAAGCAAGCGGCACCAUGAAGACCAAGGAGCUCUCCAAACAGGUCAGGGACAAAGUUGUGGAGAAGUACAGAUCAGGGUUGGGUUAUAAAAAAAUAUCAGAAACUUUGAGCAUCCCACAGAGCACCAUUAAAUCCAUUAUUAAAAAAUUGAAAGAAUAUGGCACCACAACAAACCUGCCAAGAGAGGGCCGCCCACCAAAACUCACGGACCAGGCAAGGAGGGCAUUAAUCAGAGAGGCAACAAAGAGACCAAAGAUAACCCUGAAGAAGCUGCAAAGCUCCACAGCGGAGAUUGGAGUAUCUGUCCAUAGGACCACUUUAAGCCGUACACUCCACAGAGCUGAGCUUUACGGAAGAGUGGCCAGAAAAAAGCCAUUGCUUAAAGAAAAAAAUAAGCAAACACGUUUGGUGUUUGCCAAAAGGCAUGUGGGAGACUCCCCAAACAUAUGGAAGAAUGUACUCUGGUCAGAUGAGACAAAAAUUGAGCUUUUAGGCCUUGUGCUAUGCUAUGUCUGGCGCAAACCCAACACCUCUCAUCACCCCGAAAACACCAUCCCCACAGUGAAGCAUGGUGGUGGCAUCAUCAGGCUGUGGGGAUGUUUUUCAUCGGCAGGGACUGGGAAAUUGGUCAGAAUUGAAGGAAUGAUGGAUGGUGCUAAAUACAGGGAAAUUCUUGAGGGAAACCUGUUUCAGUCUUCCAGAGAUUUGAGACUGGGACAGAGGUUCACCUUCCAGCAGGACAAUUACCUAAGCAUACUGCUAAAGCAACACUUGAGUGGUUUAAGGGGAAACAUUGAGAAUCUGUGGUAUGACUUAAAGAUUGCUGUACACCAGCGGAACCCAUCCAACUUGAAGGAGCUGGAGCAGUUUUGCCUUGAAGAAUGGGCAAAAUUCCCAGUGGCUAGAUGUGCCAAGCUUAUAGAGACAUACCCCAAGAGACUUGCAGCUGUAAUUGCUGCAAAAGGUGGCUCUACAAAGUAUUGACUUUUUGUCUUAUUUCUUGUUUGUUUCACAAAAAAUAAUAUGUUGCAUCUUCAAAGUGAUAGGCAUGUUGUGUAAAUCAAAUGAUACAAACCCCCCAAAAAUCCAUUUUAAUUCCAGGUUGUAAGGCAACAAAAUAGGAAAAAUGCCAAGGGGGGUGAAUACUUUCGCAAGCCACUGUAUAUCAAAGACAAACCAGAAUGGCUUUCCAAGAGGUGUUGAGUGUUCCUGAUUGGUCUAGUCUCAGUCCUGACUUAAAUUUGCUUGAAAAUCAGAGACAAGGUUUGCAUAUUGCUGUCCAUCAAUGAUUCCCAACCAAAUUCACUGAGCUUGAGCAAUUUUGACAAAAACAAUGGACAUACAGUGCCUUCAGAAAGGAUUCAUACCCCUUGACUAUAUAUUUUUCUCACCCAUCUACAUACAAUACUCAAUAAUGACAAAGUGAAAACAUGUUUUUAGACUUUUUUGCAAAUGUAUUGAAAAUGAAAUACAGAAAUCGAAUUUACAUAAGUAUUCAGAUCCAUUAAUCAGUACUUUGUUGAAGAAUCUUUGGCAGCGAUUACAGCCUCGAGUCUUCUUGGGUAUGACACUACUAGCUUGGCACACCUAUAUUUGGGCAGUUUUUCCCAUUGUUCUCUGCAGAUCCGCUCAAACUCUGUCAGGUUGGAUGGGGAGCAUCGCUGCCCAGCUAUUUUCAGGUCUCUCCAGAGAUGUUAGAUCGGGUUCAAGUCCGGGCUCUGGCUGGGCCUCAAGGACAUUGAGACUUGUCCUGAAGCUACUCCUGCGUUGUCUUGGCUGUGUGCUUAGGGUCGUUGUCCUGUUGGAAGGUGAACCUUCGCCCCAGUCAGGUCCUGAGUGCUCUGGAGCAGGUUUUCAUCAAGCAUCUCUCUGUACUUUGCUCCGUUCAUCUUUCCCUCGAUCCUGACUAGUCUCCCAGUCCCUGCCGCUGAAAAACAUCCCCACAGCAUGAAGCUGCCACCACCAUGCUUCACCGUAGGGAUGGUGCCUGGUUUCUUCCAGACGUGAAGCUUGGCAUUCAGGCCAUAGAGUUCAAUCUUGGUUUCAUCAGACCAGAGAAUCUUGUUUCUCAUGGUCUGAGAGUCCUUUAGGUGCCUUUUGGCAAACUCCAAGCGGCCUGUCAUGUGCCUUUUACUGAGGAGUGGCUUCCGUCUGGCCACUCUACCAUAAAGGCCUGAUUGGUGGAGUGCUGCAGAGAUGGUUGUCCUUCUGGAAGGUUCGCCCAUCUCCACAGAGGAACUCUGGAUCUCUGUCAGAGGGACCAUCGGGUUCUUGGUUACCUCCAUGACCAAGGCCCUUCUCCCUCGUUUGGCCGGGCGGCCAGCUAUAGGAAGAAUCUUAGUGGUUCUAAACUUCUUCUAUUUAAGAAUGAUGGAGGUUACUGUGUUUUUGGGGACCUUCAAUGCUGCAGACAUUUUUUGGUACCUUUCCCCAGAUCUGUGCCCUGACACAAUCCUGUCUCUGCGCUCUACGGUCAAUUCCUUCGACCUCAUGGCUUGGUUUUUGCUCUGACAUGCACUGUCAACUGUGGGACCUUAUUUAGACAGGUGUGUGCCUUUCCAAAUCAUGUCCAAUCAAUUGAACUUACCACAGGUGGACUCCAAUCAAGUUGUAGAAACAUCUCAAGGAUGAUCAAUGGAAACAGGAUUCACCUGAGCUCAAUUUCAAGUCUCAUAGCAAAGGGUCUGAAUACUUAUGUAAAUAUUAUUUUUUUAUAUAUACAUUUGCAAAAAUUUCUAAACACGUGUUUUUGCUUUGUCAUUAUGAGGUAUUGUGUGUAGAUUUAUGAAGAUUAAAAAAAAAAACAAUUUUAGAAUAAGGCUGUUACGUAACAAAAUGUGGAGAAAGUCAACAGGUCUGAAUACUUUCCGAAUGCGCUGUAAGUAUUCCACAUCCCUGAGUCAAUACAUGUUAGAAUCCCCUUUGACAGCGAUUACAGCUGUGAGUCUUCCUGGGUAAGUCUCUAAGAGCUUUGCACACCUGGAUUGUACAAUAUUUGCACGUUAUUCUUAAAAAAAUUAUUCAAGCUUUGUCAAGUUGGUUGUUGAUCAUUGCUAGACAUUCAUUUUCAAGUCUUGCCAUAGAUUUUCAAGCCGAUUUAAGUCAAAACUGUAACUAGGCCACUCAGGAACAGUCAAUGGCCUUGUGUUUAGGUGAAUUUGUCUGCCAGUGUCUGUUGGAAAGCAGGCUAAACUAGGUUUUCCUCUAGGAUUUUGCCUGUGCUUAGCUCUAUUCUGUUUCUUUUUAUCCAAAAAAAAACUGCCUAGUCCUUGCCGAUGACAAGCAGACCCAUAACAUGAUGCAGCCACCACCAUGCUUGAAAAUAUGAAGACUGGAACUACAUGAUGUGUUAUAUUUGCCAUAAAGGACAUAAUGUUAAUUUCUUUGCCACACUAUUUGCAGUUUUACUUUAGUGCCUUAUUGCAAACAGGAUGCAUAUUUUUAUUUUGAACAGGCUUCCUUCUUUUCACUCUGUCAUUGAAGUUAGUAUUGUGGAGUAACUACAAUGUUGUUGAUCCAUCCUCAGUUUUCUCCUAUCACAGCCAUUAAACUCUGUAACUGUUUUAAAGUCACCAUUGGCCUCAUGAAAUCCCUGAGCGGUUUCCUUCCUCUCCGGCAACUGAGUUAGGAAGGAUGCCUGUAUCUGUGAAAUUAAUAACUUCACCAUGCUCAAAGGGAUAUUCAAUGUCUGCUUUUUACAUUUUUGACCCAUCUACCAAUAGGUGCACUUCUUUGUGAGGCAUUGGAAAACUUCCUUGAAUCUUUGUGGUUGGAUCUGUGCUUGAAAUUCACUGCUCGACUGAGGGACCUUACAAUUAUCUUUAUGUGUGGGGUACAGAGAUGAGGUAGUCAUUAAAAAAUUAUGUUAAACACUAUUAUUGCACACAGAGUGAGUCCAUGCAACAUGUAACUUGUUAAGAAUUUGUUGACUCCUGAACUUAUUUAGGCUUGCCAUAACAAAGGGGUUGAAUACUUAUUGAUUCAAGACAUUUAAGCUUUUCAUUUUUAAUGAAUUAGUAAACAUUUCUAAAAACAUAAUUCCACUUUUACAUUAUGGGGGAUUGUGUGUGUGUGUAAAUUCAGGCUGUAAAAUAUAUUUCCACUUGUAAAUUACAGGGGAUUGUGUGUGUAAAUUCAGGCUGUAACACAACAAAAUGUGGGAAAAAGUCAAGGAGUGUGAAUACUUUCUGAAGGCACUAUAUGUUGUGCAAAGUUGGUAGAAUAUUAUUCAAAAUGAUUCACAGCUGUAAUGGCUGCCAAAUGUGCUUCCACCAAGUAUUAACUCUAGGGUGUGAAGACAUCCAUAAUCAAGACAACUUCAUUCUUUUAUUUUGAAUUAAUUUUGAAAAAUGUCUAACUUUCUUUCACUUUGAAUAUAUGGAAUAGGUUGUGUACAUCUGUAGGAAAAACAUAUAAUGUAAUCCCUUUUAAUAUGACAUUUUAAGGCAGCAAAAUGUGAAGACUGUGCAAGGGGUGUGUAGACUUUCACUAGAAAUGUUAAGAUACUGUAGAUAAUGCCUUGACUGAGAUAGAAAUCCAAGGAGUAUAAUUUGUAACAGACAGAGACAUGCUUGAUGCUUGGGAACAUCUGGACUGCCAUAUCAAUGUGUUUAUGAGUGUGAGGACUCGCCCUGUGGGUAGGUGGGUGGGAGGGAAUGGGUGUUCUGUAUGUCUGUCUCUUUAGCAGUUGUUGUCUGAGUUUGUCUAAAACACUUGCUCUCAAAACACUGUCUCCUCUCUCUAUCUACCAGCUGAAGUCAUAUGACAUCCGGUCAGAGAGAGGGGGGAAGCCCACAGCUCUGACCCUGUGUGAUGUGUUGGCUCUGGGGGACGGUGAGACGACUGGCCUGACUCUCACAGACGCACUGGCUGUUAUCAAGGGACACGCCCCCGAGGGACAUGAUGUAUAGUAUUACCUUUUCAAGAUGUUCAAACCCCUCAGUCUUACUGAGGAUUAAUAUCAGAAGAGAUGGGCCUAUAUUGCUUGCUAUGCUCUUGUCAACAUUUGACACAUGCAAACUUGUAGGCCUACUUUUUUAUUUUUGUAUUGUUGAAGCUUUUAUAACCAACUUUGAUAUAUAUAUAUAUUACUAAUAUAGACUAUGUGUUUUGUUUGCUUCUCAUCGAUAAAAUGAUUCCCCCACACAAUAGUUUCAAAGUGAUGCGCCCAUCAAAGCUGAUCCAUCGAUAAAUUACCAAAUCCAUUGUGCGGUGUUCGUUCUGAAUGCCUGCCAAGUCAUGUCCACCAGUGAGGACCUUACAGAGACACUGAGGACACUUCAAGCUGAGAUUGCAGAUCUGGGUGAGCUCAUCCCAAAACUUCAGAGGGCAAUUUUGAUAUCAGUUGAUGUUAUGUUUAACUGCAGCUCAUAGAUCUAACUAACUGAUUUCUCCCUCUCACACACACACACACACACACACACGACACCGUCCUCUCCAGACAUCCCCCAAGUGGUUCUGUUGACCCAUGUGGACAAGGUGUGUCAUACCGUACAAGAGGAUGUGAAGUUUGUCUACUCCAGCCGGAUCCUACACGAAAAGGUAUGUUAAAUAAUUUAAAUGUUUUAAUCAAUUUAGAUUCACUCUGUAAUAUGAUGAAACAGUAUUUUGAAAGUUUUAUUUGCAAUCUAUCUUCUAUGUAUCAUAUGUUCUGUUAUGCCACAGAUGCAGAAGGCAGCAGAGGUGGUGGGUUUGCCAGUUUCCUAUGUGCUUCCAGUGAAGAACUAUUCCAGUGAGCUGUCUGUGAGCUGCAACACUGACAUCCUGCUGCUGAGUGCAGUUAAUCACAUUCUCCAAGCCGUGGACGACGCGUAUGAGGAAAACCACCAUCCAACCCCUGCAGACGCAUCUGCAGAACCUCCACAUCUGCAGAAUUCCACCACAAGCCCAGUAACCUUU